AUGCGCAAGCUUAACGCGCUCAAGUCGAUCAACGCAGGCAACAUCGCGCCGGGACGACCUGGUGAACAUCAUUGUGUUCACACGGGCGUCGGCGACGGACUCGCAGAGCCCGUGGGCAUCAUGUGGGGCAAACACAACUGGGAAGGGUCGGCGUGCGUAUUUCUGUCGGGCAUAGUCAUCCCCGCGCUGCAGUGCGCCAACUUUGACAACUUCACAAUUGCUCGUGUCCAUGCUCGUGUUGCCCCCCACACCAUGGACACCCCCGUCCUCAUGAUCGGAUGCGGCGUCAUCCUGUGGUACGUAUUUGAUCUAUAA